CCUCAUUUAGCCUGUCGUCGUCGGUGAGAGAACCAGCUCUUUGUACUCUUUUAAUUGUUGUGUUCAUUUGAUUUUCAUUUUCUGAUUUGUGGAGUUUAAUGAAAUGGCAUCAGCCGAAAAUAUGAGAGAGGGUUUAUACUUCAUUUCGUGGUGCGGAGGUACUGCAGCCAACGGCCAAGUAGCAGUUACGAAUCUGGCCGACGUUUUUGAGACCUGAUCAACUAAAUUACAAUAUACCAAGGACAGCAACUCGUCUUGGCACUGAAUUUUAUGCUAUCGAAAACCUUAGAACCAAAGAAGCUCAACAAAAUAUCAGUUUUGGCUACCAAUGAUGGUAUCAAACAGAAGAUGCUCUUCAGCAAAAAUAAAUGGACAACUUCAUGGACGAAACAGCAACAAACGGUCAAUUAUGAUGAUUAUUAUGGUUAUGGAUAUGCAACUCCUUCAUGGUCAUUUCAUUUGACCUAUUGAUAGAUUUAACUCCUAAUUUGACGUUGGCUGUGGCAAAAGGAGCAAAGCAUGUCCUUGAUCACAUUUUAAAUCUGUGGAAAACAAAGACAUUGUCUGAUGUCACUUUCAGAUGCAAGGGCAAAGACAUUAAAGCUCAUGUCAUGAUUGUGGCCUCUUGCAGCCCUGUAUUGGCUGCCAUGUUCGCCAACGAUUUCAAGGAAAAAUCCGAGAAAGUUGUUGAAGUCAAAGAUGUCACUCACAACACUUUCUCGCGUCUCCUUCGCUUCAUGUACGUGGGCGAUGCGUCCCUGGAAACCGUUCAAGAAGAAGAAAUCACCGAAUUGCUGGUUGCGGCCGAUAAGUAUCGUGUUGAUACUUUGAAAGAAGAUUGCGGACUGCAUUUGUCCCAGAAUUUGAAGGUUGAAAACGCUGCAUGUUUUCUCGUCUUGGCGCAUCUUCACAAUUCGUCUGUUCUUCAUGAAAUGACGUUGGAUUUUAUGUCGAAGAAUGCAAAAGCUGUUUGUUCACGUAAGGACUGGAUGGAUAUUAUCAAGAAAUAUCCAGAGCUUUGUUUUCAAGCUACGCAGUUUAUGUUUGAAUACAAGAUGGUUUUGUGCACAAUUGUUUCCAAGAUAAAGAUUUUAAACUCCUCCCUCCUGACCGAAGGCAAAAUUUACCCAACCCUGCCCAUAAACUUUGCAACUUCAUUUGUUUUGUUGUUGUCGGUGAGAUAUCAGCUCUUUCCAAACUCAUUCCACACAUUUAAACGUGUUUUUUUUUGCGUUCGUUAUCUGAUUUCUACAGUUUGCCUUUAUAGGAUGGCAUCAGCUCAAAAAUUGAGAGAGAAUUUGUUGUCCAUUUCUUGGGGUGCAGUAAAUUGUGUUGCAGCCAACGGCCAAGUAUUAAUUACAGAUUUCCCCGACGUUUUUGAAUCCUGUCAAUUAAGCUACAACAUAAAUGGACAACAAAUCGUCCUGGAACUGAAUUUUGUGCUGUCAAAGACCUCAAAGCCAACUAAACUCGAAACGAUAUCGAUAUUGGCUGCUAAAGAUGGUGUCAAGCAGAAGAUGAAUUUGAGCCAAACAAAAUGGACCACCUCGUGGGUGGCACCGGCAAGAAGGAAUAAUUGUCAAUAUUGUGGCUUGUAUCCGACUGCAUCGUUUGAUAUUCUAAUAGAUUUAAAUCCGGAUUUGGAUUUUACGAUGACUAAAGGAGCAAAGCACGUCCUAGAUCACAUUUUGAAUCUGUGGAAAACGAACACAUUGUCUGACGUCACUUUCAGAUGCAAAGGCAAAGAAAUCAAAGCUCACGUCAUGAUUGUGGCUUCCUGCAGCCCUGUACUGGCAGCAAUGUUCGACAAUGAUUUCAAAGAAAAGCACGAAAAAGUAGUUAAUAUCAAAGACAUCACACCUGAAACUUUUUCGCGACUUCUUCGCUUCAUGUAUGUCGGAGAUGCGUCUUUGGAAACCGUUGCAGAAGAUGAUCUAUCCGAACUGCUAACGGCAGCCGACAAGUAUGGUGUCGAGACUUUGAAAGAAGAUUGUGCAUUGCAUAUGUCUCGGAAUUUGAAGAUAGAUAACGCCGCACGUUUUCUUGUGCUGGCUCAUCUUCACAAUUCUUCUGUUCUUCACGAAACGACGUUGGAGUUUAUGUCGAAGAACGCCAAAGCUGUCUGCUCGCGUAAAGAUUGGAUGGAUGUUAUCAAGAAUUAUCCUGAGCUUUGUUUUCAAGCCAUGCAGCUUAUGGUUGGACUUUAAAAUUUCAACGUCCUUUGGAGUCAAUUAUGCUAAUCUGGUUAUAGAACUACGCGUACAAGCAACAGAAACCAAGAAAUGUUUUUUUAAACCGUGAUUUCUGUGUCCAAACCUUGACAAUUGCUUCCCAUUUGUUUUACCCGCGAAGCUUGGUGAAUAAUCAUAUAACCUGUUAUGCCAUGGAUGUGCCUUUUAUCAGUUUUAUGUCCAGUCAACACAGUUGGCAGAUAUGAUAAUCACGAGAAAUAAAAUACUACAUGUAUGACAAACACAA